AUAUAUAAAUAAUCCCAUCCCAACCUACAGUAUACUUUAUAGAAACCAUAUUUUUAUAACCUUGGUUUCAAUUAAAGCCAUUGUUGUCCAAUAUUUAAUUCACCAGCUAAUACAAACAACCAUGAGGUUCAUGUCUUUGCUAAUUAAAUAUCAAUUAUUAGCAAUCAUAUUCACUAUCAUAUACCUUACAAAAGUUAGUUGCUUUUAUUUUAAUUUCCCAACCUUCCACACAAAUGAUGAAUCCAAAUUGUCACUAAGCAAAAACUCAAAAAUAUACUUAGAUGCUAUCCAAGUAACCCCAGAUAUUCGUGGUGAAAUAAAGGAUUAUUCUGGCCGAGCUUUUUACAAAAAGCCAUACACACUUUGGAACAAAAACAAAAUUGCUUCUUUCAACACAACUUUUGUUCUCAACAUAAGUCCUCAAACUUCCCCUGGUGGAGAAGGAAUAGCUUUUAUCUUAACAGCAGAUACAACUCUCCCUGAAAAUAGUUCAGGACAAUGGCUUGGUAUUGUAAAUGCUUCCACCAAUGGAACUUCUCGAGCCGCAAUUCUUGCAGUUGAGUUUGAUACACGACAGAGUUCAAUUGAAGACGGACCUGACAACCAUGUUGGAAUCAAUAUAAACAGCAUAUCCUCCUUGAAACAAGUAUCAUUAUCAAACACUAAGGUUAAUCUUUCAUCUAGUUCAGAUGUAUUUAUAAAAAUUGAAUAUUCUAAUGAUGUAAUAUCUGUUUUUGGUUCAAUGACUGCAAAUUCAAAUGAUUCUAGGGAGACACUUUUGGUAUCUCCAUCUCUUAAUCUCUCUUCCUAUUUUAAACAAGAGGUUUAUGUCGGUUUCUCGGCUUCAACAAGCAAUUACACAGAGCUAAAUUGUGUAAAAGCAUGGGAAUUCAAUGGUGUAGAUAUUGGUAGUAACAAAAAUUACUUGUGGAUUUUUAUUAUAAUUCCAAUAGUAUUAUUGAUUAUAAUCAUAGGUGGAUUAGUCUUUUUCUUCCUUUAUUUUAAAAGGAAAAAAAACAUGGAAACUGAAGAAGAUACAUAUGGAGGGAUAGAGGAUCAAAUUCAACACUCAUCUAUGGCUCCAAAGAAAUAUAAACUAAAGGAAUUGAUGAUAGCAACAAGUGAUUUCAGCCGUCGGAACAAACUUGGCGAAGGUGGAUUUGGAACGGUUUAUAAGGGUAUUCUUGAAAACAACAAAGAGAUAGCUGUGAAGAGAGUCUCGGAGAACUCGCGCCAAGGAAAGCAAGAAUUUAUAGCAGAAGUUACAACGAUUGGAAGCCUUCACCACAAAAACUUAGUGAAACUCGUUGGUUGGUGCUACGAAAGCAAAGAGCUUCUCCUCGUUUACGAGUUCAUGCCAAAUGGAAGCUUAGACAAAUACCUAUUUAACCAAUCAAGUGAAUUGGAAUUUCAAUAUUCGAAAGUACUUGAUUGGAAAACGAGGUAUUGUGUGAUUCGUGAUGUCGCCCAAGCGUUGGAUUAUCUUCACAAUGGAUGUGAGAAAAGAGUACUUCAUAGAGACGUCAAAUCCAGCAACAUAAUGUUGGAUUUAGACUACAUUGCAAAAUUGGGUGAUUUUGGAUUGGCGCGUACAAUUCAAAAGAGAAAUGAAACUCAUCAUUCAACAAAGGAAAUUGCGGGGACGCCAGGUUAUAUGGCACCCGAAACUUUUUUAACCGGAAGAGCAACGGUUGAAACAGAUGUGUAUGCAUUUGGUGUUCUUGUUUUAGAAGUUGUGUGUGGAAAAACACCCGGAAAUGUGUAUGCACAAGAUGCUUAUAAAAAUAGUAUUGUGUAUUGGGUUUGGGAACUUUAUGGAAACGGCGAAAUUGUUAGUGUUGUCGAUAAAAGGAUAGAUUAUGAAGAAAAUGAAGUUGAGAGGGCAAAAUGGGAAGAAGAAGUUAAAAUUGUGCUUGUUCUUGGGUUGGCUUGUUGUCAUCCAAAUCCAAAUGAAAGGCCAUCAAUGAAAACUGUUUUAAUGGUUCUAAAUGGAGAAGCUUCUCCUCCAAUUGUUCCAAAUGAAAGACCUUCUUUUGUUUGGCCUGCUAUGCCUUCAUCUUUCAAACAAGGUGAAGAUAGUUCUCUUAUCAAUGGAACUCUCACUCCAUUUUCUCAACUUAGUGGAAGAUAGAAAAUUUGAUAUUUCUUGUGUUCGCCAAAACUUAGAAUUAAUGUUUCUUUCAUUUUUUUUAUAUUAAUUUUCUAUAUCAUUGUGCACAUAUGUAAUAUAAUUUGAUGUAUAAAUGUAUAAUAAAGGAUUCUUUUGGGUCAUUGUGUAUAUGUAAUAUAAUUUUAUGUAUAAAUGUACAAUAAAGGAUUCUUUUGGGGAUUAGAACUUUAGAUGGAUCAAGCAGUAUGCAUAAACAUUGCUUUGGUUUUAUCUGGUCGAAGCUUAACCAAACAGCGAUAUACUCUAAUAGGUGGGACGGAGAGCCUCAUGGCUUAAGUAUCACUGAGCACUUUGAUAUACUCGGUGUGAGACUCAACAUAAACUCUAAUGUUUGUUUCCAUGUGUAGAAAGUACUUUUUGAAGCUCUAGAAAUGCAUUUUAUAUUCUGGAAAAGAUUUCAUGAAAACAUCCUCUGGACUGGACCUACAUCAUUUGGAUGGAGUUAAAGUGUCACAAUGCACAUCAUCAUAUGAGAAUUUGAAACAAUACUUUGUACCAUCAUCUAGAUCAAAUCAAGCACCGUCAUUUUGAUGUUCCUCUAUUCAAUACUAUGUCGUCAUUUGGACAAGAAAAUUAUCUUUACCUCAAACGAUCCAAAUAGUGCCAGCUGUAAUAGUACAAGUUCAGAGACAAUUUUGGACAACGGCUAAAAUAGUACAAGUAGCGACAACAUUCUCUGAAUCACGAGUACAACGCUACAAUGACAUUAUUCCUCAAACAACAACAAAUGCAAUGGUAUGAAAUUCAUCUCUAUCUAUCGACGAGCAUUUCAGCGAAGAAAUAAUACAAUAAGAACGAGUACACAACAACUUCGAAAAAUAAUUGACUUCAAGUUUGCUACUUUGUUUCCAACACUUACCAAAGAUCAGAAAACAAACACAAGUGUCUCAUUUCACAUCCUUUCAUUAGAAAGUUAAACACUUGUAAUUUGAGCUAUAUUGUUUCCACCAUCUUUUGAGAAUUAUGUAAACACUAAACACCAAAACUUUUGAUAACAAUGAGCCUGCUGUUUGGCUAGGUCCAAUGUAUUUGCUGAAGAAAUUUCUGUUGCACUACGGUGGUGUGUGAUGCUUCAGUUUUGGGGCAAUAGGUAAAGGACAUUCUAGUCUUCUGUGUUUAUGUUCUUUUGGCGAUAGCUAGUGUUUUGAUACGUAAUUUGGGUUGGGUCCAAGUGGAAACCGCGGCUGUAUGCUGUCUCCAUGACAGUAGCAGUUUCUUACUGCAUCAUAAAAAUAGUUACUUAUGCUUCAGGUUUAGGUGCCCUGUGCUGCUGUUACAAGUUCCUGGUGUUGCGGCUGUAUUUUGGAGUUUUGAUGUAAGAUAGUGGGUUAGUCUUGCUCUCUCUUGUACUCUUCCUGCUAGUGCAGCCAUGUUGUAAUUUAUUACUCUAAUUUUGAGAAAUUUUCUCUCAUACAAAUUUCAUUUUGAUAUAACCGAGACAUUCAGUUCAAGUGGUUAAUGAGCUCCUUCUAUGACAGAUCCUUCGGGACGGGAGAAUCCGAGUUCAUUCCUGGUGGAAACAAUUCUUGGAGAAACUUCAUUUACUUCGCGACUGAACUCUGCAUUACCGAGACUUCCUUCUGCUGGGAACUUAAUACAAAAAAUUAUUCAUUUCUGAUUUGUUUCAUUCUUAUUAU